AACAGAUCCUCAGGGUUUAUUGUUGCAGUCAUUAAGUAGAAGGGAAAAUCAAGCAUAUAAAUACCCUCAUUAAAAGCCAUGUCUGUACCAUCUGUUGUGUACGUGCUGUGCUUCAAGCAUACUCCGUGCCUCAUCUUGACCGAGCAAGUACUCCGUAUUUAUGUAUAUUAUGGCGCUCUUUCCAGACAAUAUCUCCAAUUUCACAAUUUCAGCGCAAAAACGCAACGUUGCCAUUGCGGAGAUCACCCUAUUCUCGCUCAUUCUUAUUGUUCAGUUUUUCACCAGAUUCAUCCAGGAACGCCACUACUGGCACCAUAAGAAACGUCGAAGCAAUGCUCGUUGCUUUCUCUACUCCUGGUGGGGGAUGAUAGGCAUUCUGGCACAACUCCGAAUCGUCGGCUCAGCAUUGAUGAUUUCUCACCCCAAGCCAAGUCAGUCGAUGCUGAUCGCUGAAACUUGUCUGCAAGGUGUAGGGUUAUCACCUCUUCUUUUUGAGGUCAGCCUGAUCCUCCUUCGAACUGGACAAUCAGGCCAAACCGGCCCCGGAAACUCACGACACCCGAAAUAUUUACGGUUCAUGCUGCACUUCUUCCGAUUUCCUGUCGUCGUUUCUAUAUUGUUGGCCUUGGUUGGUGGUAUCAUCAAUAUCCGCGGUUGUGCGAUAGCUGGAACAGUGGGGUUUAUUCUCACGUUCGUAUUUGUGUGCUGCCUGGUAAUUGGGAUGGCCGCAACAUCCCGCAGCACACUCUCCGCAACUGGCUAUCAGAGUGUGCUGGUGGUUCUUUCGACUCUCCCGUUCCUGACGGGGCGAAUUGCUUAUUUUGUGUUGGCAGAAUAUGGCCCACAGAAGUAUAGUCCGGUUAUCGGGGAUGCUAGCGUCAUGGCUGGAAUGGGAUUGCUGAUGGAGAUCUUUAUUGCGGUUCUGUUGCUUGUUUCACGGGCUGUCGCAGAACCAUUUCGGGUAGCCGAUUUUAUUAUGAUCGAUGCUGAGGACAACUGA